UGGCCCUUUUUCCACUUAAAAUGAGAUAAAUCAGGGACAGAACGAGAAAUAAUUGGAGUAGGCGAGCGAGAAUAGUUGAGAAGUCCCAAAAAGUCCAUCGAAACGCGAAGCACUCGUUUCUGUAACUCCUUGCGACUUCCACUUCCGGGAUGAGACAGAUAUAUGCACAAUUCGUAGGAAACAGAUGUAUAAUAUCGUGGAAGACAGAUGUACGUAAGAUUAUCGGAGAGAAAGAGAGGAAAGAUGGGCACACGAGAAGUGUUCAACCGCAAAGAACAUCUCUUGAAGCGAAUCUCACUUCUACACGCGCGACAGGGACAGACAUGCGAGUCGCUUGCAGUACGACAAAUAGUGUGAGAGGGUAUAAACAGGAGCUUAGUCAAGUCUGAGAAAUGAAUCCGUCGUUAGAAGAGUUGCUCGAGUUGCCGGAAGCUUUGUUAUGAGAAAUACUUGUCGCCGAGCCUUCUCUUAACGGCGAGCUCGAGACCGAAGGUCGAACAGGAUCUGCGGUUCACUCCCAAACACGGUCAAACGAUAACAUCACGGAGCGUGGGAGUACACGGGAGUAUGUUGCGAUGUGACGAAAGACUGACUUGAGGCCUGAGAGUGGAGCACAAAUCCAUUGUCGUGCACGUGGCGGUGAUAAGGUUUUGUAGAAAUGUAUAAAGUUAUCGUUACUCUCUUCGUUAUUGUUUCUGCGACGCGGGGAGAAGAUUAUUAUGAGGUCCUAGGUAUAAGCAGAUCCGCCGGUCAGGACGAGAUCCGGAAGGCCUUCAAGAGGCUGGCUAUCAUCCAUCAUCCUGACAAAAAUAGUGACGAUCCAGAUGCUCAUGACAAGUUUGUUCGACUAACGACAGCGUAUGAGACGUUGAAAGACAAUGACUUAAGGAAAAAGUACGAUCUUUACGGGGAAGAUGGCCUUAAUAAUUCACACAAGAAGCAAACCUAUCAUUCAUGGAGUUACUAUCAGAACAGUUUUAUAUAUGACGAUGACGAGUAUGUUAUCAAUUUGGAGAGAAAUGAUUAUUACGAGAGUGUUAUCGACUCUGACUCAAGCUGGUUUGUCAACUUCUACUCACCCAUGUGCAGCCACUGUCACCACUUGGCACCAACCUGGAAGGAAGUUGCUAAGUUAUUAGACGGCGUUGUGAAAAUUGCCGCGGUCAACUGUGAAUAUAACAGGCAAUUGUGCCACCAAGUUGGGAUCCGUGCCUAUCCUACGUUGCUCUAUUUCCAAAAGAAUUCGCAGCAUGGAGCGCAUUAUAGAGGAGAAAAAACGCAGGAGGCAAUUACACGUUUUGCAUUAGACCGGCUAAAUAUCAACGUACCUGAGAUAAGUGAAUCUCAAUGGGAGCUGUUCUUACGUGGCGAAAAAAUUGUCCACAGGCCUACGUUAAUUUUUACAUGUGGUGAUCAACAAAACUGUUUUACUUCCGAUGAAAGACUUGUAGUAGCUGGUAUAUUCGAAAAUUUGAUUGAUGUCAGAAAGUUUACAUGCCAAAAUGGUAAUUGUCAUGAUAAGAUGUCGUAUAACACACAUGCGGUCUAUUUACCAACAUAUAAUGCAUCUUACUGGGAACCUAUGUUUCUCGAAAGCAUGUCCGAUAUAAAUACAUUGAUAGCAAAGCUCUUGGACCAAUUGCCUAGUCCGCAAGAGUUGUCUGAAAAUGAUUUUGAGCAUAUUAGGAAAACGAAGUCGAACGUUGCCUGGCUUGUAUACUUUUAUAUUGGCGAUACGGCAAAUUUCCGAGAGUUGAAUUUGCAAAUGAAGAAAGUGUCAACCAGUAAUGUUAACUUAGGUAAAAUGAAUUGCGGUAGAAACGGGCAGCUUUGUUCUAAAUUGGGUGUAAAUCGCUAUCCAAUCUGGGGCAUGCUCAAGCCAGGUGGAGCUUUCGAAUUGAAUCAUGGGAAGAAUGUAAAUAGCGAUAUUAUUAAAUUUGUGCAAAUCAGUGUGAAAACUACGAACGUUGAGGCUCUCUCUGCAGAAAAAGCGUUAUCGAUACUACAAAGAGAUAAUGCGGAUGAAGUGUGGUUCCUAGAUUGGUUUACACCGUGGUGUCCACCUUGUAUACAGUUCCUGUCGGAACUCCGUAGAGCGUCGUUAGAAUUUGAUGCAUCAAUAAUUCGUUUUGGUACCAUUGAUUGUACCGUUCAUAACACACUGUGUCAUCAGUAUAACAUACAGUAUUAUCCUACUGCAAUGCUCAUAAAUGGUAGCAAUACAUAUCAUUUCGCGUUACCAAAAACAGCUGCGAAUAUUAUUCAAUUCAUUAACGAGAAAAGAACUCCCUCGGUUAUGGAACUGACGUCGGCAAAUUUUCAUCAUAAAUUAGCGAAGAAAAAGAGUAAAGUUAUAUGGAUUGUUGAUUAUUUUGCACCGUGGUGUGGACCGUGUCAAAGAUUAGCACCUGAAUGGACAGCCGUUGCGAGAUCGCUGAGUAAUUUGUCGUUUGUAAAUGUUGCUAGUGUAGAUUGCCAGGCUGAAGCUUCCUUAUGCGCAUCCCAAGGCGUGCGUUCUUACCCCGAUAUUAGACUGUACCCAUUAGGAAGCGAGGGUCUAAACACAAUCGCCUUGUACAAUGGACAGCGAGAUUCGUUAUCUAUGUUAACAUGGAUAACAACAUUCUUCCCAAAGAAAGUCCGUGAUUUGAAUUCUUCCGACUAUCAAAGGCUAUUGAAUAGCAAGCAUAUGUGGCUCAUCGAUUUUUAUUUACCACAAUGUUGGCAUUGCCAAAAGAUGGAACCUGAAUUUGCCAUUGCUGCUCAGUUGCUGGAUAAAGUUAAAUUUGGAAAAAUUAAUUGUAAUUUUUAUGCACACGACUGCGCACACAUAAAAUACUUCCCUACGCUAAUGUUAUAUAAUUCUAAGCAGAACAAACAAAAAAACGAUGAGAGAUAUGAUGGUACAAAAAUUGCUGCGUUAACGGCUGAAGCAAUUAAGGAUGAAAUUUUAGAGAUUAUUAAUUCUCGCACGAAACAUGACGAGCUAUAAUAGAUAAAGUGCCUAAGUUCAACUUAAAGUUUGUAUUUUAUUAUUUUAAACAUAAAUUCUUUGUAAUGUACGAAUAAAUUAAUUUUAUUACGCGUCUCAUUCUUCCAAGAGAAAC